AUGGACCAACUGAGCACACAGUUUGGCAACGCCGAACUUCAAGCUCUCAUCGCCUCUCUACCACAUGAUUUGAGCAUCAAUACGUCGCAAGCGGUAAGCUUUUAGUCUUGGAUGAGUACUAUUCGUCUGAAUUACACUUUUUGGAGCUUGUGACAGUUCUUCUGACCAUUUUCAUACUAAACAAACGUCUAUUUUCAGAACAAACCCUCCUCCGUGUCGAGCAGCGACCUGUCCACAGCCACUAGCUCUUCAUGCAUCUUCCCGCCACUCAACGACAUGGCGGCUCUUUCGAUGCUCUCUUUGGGCGCCUAUCCCGGUCUGUUCGCCAGUAUUCCGUUCCUCACGUCGCUACCGUACCUCAAUGCGGCACUGCCUCCACACGCGACUAUCGAAUCGUUGGGACUCAUCAACUCGGCGUUGUACCAGCAACAAAAAGAGGUGCAGGCCGCCAUGGCCGCCCCCGCCAAUCCGUUAACCGUCGCUCUGGCUGCCGAUGGACGCCCGAGAGCGUUUUCGAGUGCUGCCACGCUGCAACACGCCAAAGAUCAGAAUGAGAAGCGUCGGAAGCGAUCGCGAAAGUGCGAACCGGCACCGCCACCGACAACGACUACCAUAACGUGCUCUUCGAGCUCGUCGCCAAGCUCGUCGACGUCUGCAAUGUCUUCCGUGCUUCGCACUCUUGUGGAGGACGAUGAUGUGCAUCCUAACAAAGUGCGGCCAAUCCAAGUGACGAAAGAAGAGGAGGAACAGGUCAGGAGGAAGACGCAAGAGUGUACGUUUUUUGCAGAAAAAUCGCGGGCUCAAAAGUAACACUCUAUUAUUUCAGUGCUCAAAGCGAUGCCUCGUCAGGAGCUGGAGCCGGAAGUGAGUGCGAACGGACCGCUCCGGCGUCUGAUCCGCGACGAGGAUCUUCCAGAUGAGGUGGGACCGGACUCGCCGUUCCGUCACUACCCGAAGUAUCAGGUACAGAAGUUAGUAGUUUUUGAUUCCUUCUUUUUUUUAGUAGAAAAAAGAAAAAAAAAAGUUGUGUUUCGAGUUGAAUUCGUGUCUUCUUUCUGUCCAUAAGUUGUGUGUGUUUCCGGCACUUGUAUCAUCUCGGUUUCAUUCGUCCAAAUUUCACGAAAAAUCGAGGCUCGAAGGUUAAAGGUUAGACGGACAUUUUUCGGUUUCAACAUUGAAUUCCAUCAAUUCUAUUGACGAAAACUUACUUCAAACAACAAACUUCCAAAACGGCGCGCACAAACCCAAACCGUAUUGUUUGAUUUCAGCAGAAACCUCGUUCGCAACUAGUCAUGCUCCAAGGAAUCCAGGCCGCCGUCGCCGCCAUGUGCAUUGAAGCGUUUCAGCUGAACGGCAAGAGCGACGACGAGAAAGCGGCACUGCGCGAGAAGCAAAAGGGACAAUCGCUGGACGAUCUCGUCAACGAGACUGUCCGUCAGGAGCUUAUAGCCGCAGAGUGA